AGCUUAAUAAAGCUUUCCUCAUGUAUCGUUAUCAUCAUUCUCAUCCAAUGGACUGACUUGUUUAUUGUCGAGCAAGAUGGAGUUCCUCUUGGGAAAUCCUUUCAGCACCCCAGUGGGGCAUUGCAUUGAAAGAGCCACUGAUGGCUCCCUGCAAAGUGAAGACUGGACCCUCAACAUGGAAAUAUGUGACAUCAUCAACGAAACAGAGGAUGGGCCAAAGGAUGCCAUCAGAGCUGUUAAGAAGCGACUCAAUGGGAACAGGAACUAUAGGGAAGUGAUGCUGACUUUAACGGUUUUAGAGACAUGUGUGAAGAACUGCGGCCAUCGCUUUCAUGCUUUAGUUACUAGCAGGGACUUUGUUGAUGGCGUGCUUGUUAAAAUUAUCUCUCCAAAAAACAAUCCGCCUACUAUCGUUCAAGACAAAGUCCUUGCCCUGGUUCAGGCAUGGGCUGAUGCAUUCAGGAGCAGUCCUGACCUCACAGGUGUGGUUCAAAUUUAUGAAGAGCUAAAGAGGAAAGGCAUAGAAUUUCCCAUGUCAGACUUGGAGACCCUGUCACCUAUACACACACCUCAGCGGGCGGCAUCUGCUCCAGAAGGUGACUCUACACUACAUAAGUACAGCAGCACCACUCAACCCAAGCAGCACUCUGUUCCACCAGCAUAUACCACCCCUCAGGUCCCUAACAUUCAUGCCUCUGGAUCUAUCAAUCCUACACCUGAACAGAUUUGCCGGCUACGCAGUGAGUUGGACAUUGUCCGGGGAAACACAAAGGUGAUGUCAGAGAUGCUGACGGAGAUGGUGCCAGGACAGGAGGAUGCUUCUGACUAUGAGUUGCUACAGGAGCUGAACAGGACUUGUAGAGCCAUGCAGCAGAGGAUAGUGGAGCUAAUCUCCUGCGUUUCCAAUGAGGCGGUGACUGAGGAGCUGCUGCACGUCAACGACGACCUUAACAAUAUUUUCCUUCGUUAUGAAAGGUAUGAAAGGUUUAGGUCUGGGAGGUCCUCAGCUCAGAGUGUCAACAAUGGGGUCCUCAGCGAGGCUACGGAGGACAACCUCAUAGACCUCGGCCCAGGCUCCCCUGCAGUGGUCAGUAACAUGCCGAAUGCAGCUCCAGCCAGCUUACCCCCCACCCUCACAGCCCCCGAAGGAAGUCCCUCCUCCCCAGCCACCUUGGCCUCCCGUUUGGCUGGUCUAGACAUGGGUGCAGACAGUGUGAGCAGUACCCUGAGCUCUCUCUCCAGCUGUAAGCCUCCACCUGCCCAGGAUGACUUUGAUGUAUUUGCUCAAACCAGAACCGGAACCAAGUCUGAACCACGCAAGACGUCUGUAGCUGAAGACAGGCACACUGUCGGUGGCCCUCCCCCCACUCUGGAUGUCCUACAGCCAGCAGCAGGAGGGGUUGUCGGAGGUCAGUCCUCUGUCAUGGAUGACAUAGAGGAGUGGCUGUGUACUGAUGUGAAAGGAGAUGAAGGGGAGGAAGGGGUCACCAGUGAAGAAUUUGACAAGUUCCUCGAAGAGAGAGCCAAAGCUGCUGAGACGGUCCCCAGCCUACCAUCACCCCCCAGUGGCAACAUGGGGGCAGCACAGGGAACCCCAAGUCGGAAGAAGCCGGACAGACCUGAGGACACUUUGUUUGCCAUGUAGACCUCCCACCUUUGACCUCUGAUCCCCAGCCUUAGACCCGACCGGCUGAGCAGCACGACCUGAGGACAGGCUGACCCGAUCCAGAAGCACAUCCACCUGCUUUCUGACUCUUCACACCACUACAUUACAGAGUUUUGUACAUGCGCUACUUAAAAAUAAGAGAAUACUUAACAUCUCAUCAGAAAGGGAAAACCUGAUGGCUUGGUUUGUUAGGCCAGCAGAUGGCAGGAGUUGGAGACAAUGACAUGCCCUGCUUUCUUUCCCUUUUCUUUUUUUUAUUUUUAAAGAACAAAAAGGGGUUCAUGUUAAGGGUUCCUCAAAUUGACUUCAAAUUUGUCUUUAUUUUAGUUUUUACUAUUAAAGAACAAACUAUAAUUUUUCUGUUUGCAGUAGCAGACUACUCCCGUAAUCAGUAGACACACUGAUCACACCUUCAAAGGUCUUGUUUUGGUGUUUGUCUCUCUUUCAAACCCGUCUGAGUUGAUUUGUAAAUCUGUAAAUUGCAAAAUGUCAAGUUUACUAGUUGUGUGUAUAUUUAAGCUACAUAUAUUUGAAAGAGAUGGUAAUUUAAUGUAGAGUUUUGGAAAGAGUUUAUGUUCCACUUUCUUUGACAGUAGGGAUGUAUCUCACGGGGAGGGGGGGCAACAUUUUCAAGGAAAGGGACAAAAGCACUAGUAAACACUAUCUUAAAAAAUUAUAUAAAAGAGGAAAAAAGGGAUUUUAGUUUUUGUGAUUGGCAUUCGGUGCACUCUGCACCAACAGAAGUGGUAUGGAGCCACCAGCUGGUUCUGCCUUGUCAAAGAUGAAUUUGACAGACCUCAGUGCAGCGUUGGUGAUGGUUUGCUGCUCGCUACAGAUUUAUUGAGAUUAUUUUUGCAGAGAUUUAUUACCCCGAAGCUGCUAAAGUUGGUUAUAAUUCCAUCACCCGAGCAAUGCUGUCUAGUUAUUUUCAUUCAUGUAAUUGUGUGUAUGCUGAGCACAGGUUCUCAUGGAUUUAAGUUGAAUGAUGUCUGACCAGAAUCAGUCAGAAAGGCUCUUUUUUUUUAGUAGCUGCAGAGGCAGAUGCUGUUAUUUGUGAGUCUUGACUUGGUGACUAGGUUCUAUUCUUUUUAAGUAUGUUUUGUCUUAAAAUUGAGCUUGGAGGACCAAGUGUGAGUCUUUUUUUUUGUUUGUUUGAUCUUGUUUUUUAGAUGUGAAAGGAUAAAUCUGCAUAAUGUGGUCAAUUUAAUUUGGAAAUUCACACCUUUGUUAUUUGAGUAUGUCAGCAAAUUUAACAUCACACUACAGAAGCACAUUAUUUUAUGCAUUUUUCAUCGAUUUUUUUUUUUUAAAUCUCUGUUCCGCUGACUUCUUGAAAGCCUGACCUUUCAGCAUGACAUUUGUUUUCAGAAAUGAGCUCGCUGCAGACAAAGUGCUACAAAUGAGACAUUUAACUCUUUAACAGCGAAUGCAACAUGUUACACAAUCACAGCAAGCUUAAAACAAGUGUGCACUUUGACAUCUGCACAUACAUCAAGUCAGCUAACACUUAGCCAUCUGUAAUUAAUGAGAACCGUUUAACCAGAUGUGUACAAAUGAUUUAGUCAACACUAUAUAUAUUUUUUUUGUUCUGAUCAGUAUUUAAAUCUCUGUAUUAUUUUAAAUGAGAAAUGGUGAAAUUAACCAUUUAUGAGCAGAAUGAGAUUGUCAUUGUGUGUUUUAGUGUUUUUUUUCUGCUUUUGCUUAUUGACUUCAAAUUUUCCUUUUUAUACAUUGCUGCUGGUUAAUUGAAUUUUGCUGGUCAUGUUUAUGUUUAUUGGUUGUGUGGAUAUUCUUGUGGGUUGGAACUGUGCAUACAGUAAACAUACAAACGUGCAUUCUAAGAGAAGUUCACAAAAAAACUGUAAAACACUGACACUAGUCUUGUUUUUCUCAUGAAGGAUUUCACAUCUUAUUAGAUUAUCUCAUUCUGAUCUCUUUAGGCUAGCCAGCACGUUAACAUGAUCCAACAUGCGUAUCUUUUUGGGGAAACUUUUGGACAAAACAUCAACAUUGCACAUUUUUAAAAGGGAAAUUUCCUUUUUUUCUUCUGUUGUCUUGUUUUUGGUGUUGAACGUGUGUUCUGUAAUGCAGAGAUGUCUUAUCUCAGUUGACUGGAAUAGAAGCCUCUAAAUGAGUUUCUAAAGAAUGCUCAUCGCCCUGCUUGGUACAGAUCAUUUUGCAGGGAGUCCUGUUUUGGAGGAAAAAAAUUCUUUACACAUCUGUGGAUUAUAAUAAAAGUGAAAAUAUGCUGUACAGGGAGGCUCUGCUGUGUGACUGCUGACUCUUCUGAGUUGCCUCAUCUCUCAUUUCUCUUUGUGUUGUUUGACUUAUGCAUGAAAUCUGAAUAAAGAUUAGCAGUGUGUGAUCCGCA